UUUUUUUUUCUUGCUCCUCUUUCCUUUUAAUAGAUUCCUUUUUGCGACAUUGAUAUAUUGACAGAAAAUGAGUGACAUUCAAAACCACAAAACUGGAUCAUCGGAACAACCAUCAGAAAAGAGCAAUAAUUAUGACUCGGCACAAUACCAAUAUAACAGCUAUUAUCCAACUGGCGAUGGCAGUUAUCAAGGUUACGAAGGAUAUCAACAACAAGGUUAUGAAGGAUACCAGCAAGGAUAUGAUGGAUAUUAUCAAGGGUACGAUUAUGAUUAUUCACAAUACUACAAUGAUCCUAAUUACUAUGAGCAAACAGAUUACUACCAAACUGGCGAUUAUGGUGAAGGCAGUACAACAGCAAGGUAUAGUCAUACAUUUGGAUCAUUACCAUCAGAAGAAACAACUGGGGAAGAAACGACAACUGUACCAAAGGAUGGACUAACAGCAGCACAAAGGAAGAAAUUAGCUUAUUAUCAGUAUUAUGGAGAAGAUAUACCAGAACACAGCACAGCGGGAUACUCAAGGACAGAUGCAUUAGGAGGCAGUCCGUCAACACCUACAACAACAACAGUGACAGCACCACCAGCAGGUGGAAAAUCAAAAAAGAAAGGUGACAAGGAACAUAAGAAAACGACGAUAUUACGACAUGCAGCUGGGGAAACUUGGGAAGAUCCAUCCUUGGCACAAUGGGAUGAAAAUGAUUUUCGAUUAUUUGCUGGUGACCUGGGAAAUGAAGUGACGGACGAACUUCUUUUUAAGGCAUUUGCGAAAUAUCCUGGAACACUCAAGGCUCGUGUGGUGCGCGAUAAACGAACUGGCAAGUCUAGGGGUUAUGGAUUCAUAAGUUUCAAGGAUGCCAAUGAUUUUGUUAAAGCUUGGCGCGAAAUGAAUGGAAAAUAUGUGGGUAAUCGGCCUAUUAAACUACGAAAAAGUACUUGGAAGGAUCGAAAUGCGGAAACCAAAUUCAAGAAGGAAAAAGAACGAACUGGGCCUUAUUCAAAACGACGAUAGUUUAGACCUGGGUACAUAUAUAUUUAUUUAUUUAGAUAGUAUAGGAUAGUUAUACCGGAUUAUUAUUAGAUAUAUACAUUUUACUUUGAAUCAAUAAUAAUAAUAAUAAAAAAAAAAAAAAGAA